AUGCCUCCAAAAGGCUGUGACUGGUUAAACCUCCUCUUCCUUUUGUUCUUGGUCCCCAGAGCUUGUGAAGCUGAAAAACACUGCACGGCCCAAUCAAGCCUCGGUCACGUCGUACCAGUGGGGUCCAAUUUCAACGUCUCCUGCAUUUUCCAAUCUACAUGCACCCAGUUAAUUUUCCAAAAUGGGAAAUUAAAAUCAACCACGGAGUACCAGAGAUAUUCAGAGAAACUGAUCCUCAGCGUUAAAAAUCUGACAGCGAACACCACAUUCACUUGUAGAUGUGAAAAAGCAGGAACAGACCCGUGUGGCAUUGAUAUUGGUUCUGGGUACCCGCCGGACGUCCCGCGAAACCUGACCUGUGUGCGAAAAGGAGAAUUCAGAAAUGUGACCUGUACUUGGAUAAAAGGAAGGGAAACCAACUUAUGGACCACAGCACAGUUAUGGUCAAGUGCAUCGUUCAACAUCUGUGAAGAAGCCUACUCCGGCUCUGUUUCUGCCACAUUCACCAUUCCAGGCAAUGAGACCCUCUUCUCAGUGUGGGUCAGAACCUCAAACACACUGGGUUCUGCCACCUCUGAGGUUCUUAGGUUCUCCCUCAGCGACAUAGUGAAGCCCGCAGCUCCCAAAAUAACAGAGGUGAAGUGCUCAGCUAGACACUGUGUGCUCCAUCUGAAAAAGGCUCAGAGUGUUCAGCUGGUAGAGAUUCGAUACAAGGAAGAUAGCAAGAGCAAAUGGAUGACUCCUUCUUUCAAUAGAACUCAUUCAGAAAGCCGCUGGAGAAUUUCUUCUCUGCUGCCCUACAGGCUGUACCAGUUCCAGGCCAGAGUCAAGCCCUCCAAUCGCACGGGAUUCUGGAGUGAAUGGAGCAAAGCCGUGCACAACAAAACAGAUGAGGAAGCCCCUGCUGGGACAUUGGAUGCCUGGUACACUGAAAGCCUGUCGCAGUCCAGGGACAAGACUUUCACUCUGUUCUGGAAGGAGUUGAGUGUUUCAAAGGCUGGAGGGAAGAUUUUGGGUUACCGCAUGACGAUUGUGGACCUUCUUAAAAAGACAAAAGUGAAGCGUCAGUUGAAGACUUCCAUGAACUCCUCCCGUCUCUCUUGCUCUUACUGUAACAUCUCUCUGACUGCCUUCAACUCCAAAGGCCACUCUCCUCCUCUCCAUCUCAAUCUACCACUUUCAACAGUGCACAUCCACCAGCCUGUGUCCCACAAAUGCUCGGAUAAUCACACUAUCGCCCUCUGGUGGAGUCAUGACGUCGCACCGACAGGGCCAAUCAGGGAGUACUUGGUUGAGUGGUAUCCCAGAGGGCACAGAGAGGACCUGCAGUGGGCACGAAUCCAACCCAACCAGAGCGCCUAUAACAUUCAGGGACUUCGGCCGUGUGACUGCUACGAUGGUUCGGUUGUUGCCCUGUAUGGUAACGGAGCGUCACGGCUGGCUUUCAGGAGCAUCCACACGUGGCAGUCAGCUCCAAGGAAAAGCCCAGCUCUGGUGGACGUGAACGUGUCACAGAGUGACGGCGUACUGGUGAGCUGGAAAGAGAUAGCACGGGACGACAGAGGGGGCUGCCUGACAAAAUACACCAUUUACCUGGAGAACGGCGAGGGCAAAACUCAGACUUAUGAUGUGAACGCGUCUCAGACAGAGUUCGUGAUCAGAGGGCUGGAUGCUGGGGCCAGUUAUAAACUGCAGAUAAGCGCUUGGACAAACGCAGGAGAGGGACCCAAAGGAAGUGUCCGAAGCUUCUUCACAGAACCUGACAUGACCUUGGUGAUUGUAGUGGGAAGUGUGAUCCUCUUGGUCUGUUUCCUUCUUCUCUGUGCAUGCCAGUUCUCCUCUGUUCGCCAAAGAGUGUCGAGAUGCUGUUACUGCCUGUUUCAGGACGUCGUGCUUGAUCCCGCCAACAGCACGUGGGCGAAGGAGUAUAAGGCUGAGAAGGGGGAGGCGAGUCUGCAGCUCUACCUUAGUGACUCUAGCAUGAGUGAGGAGGAACCCGAAACGGUGGAGGUCCAGGAGGUGCCCAAAUUGCCCCCCGAGGUCAGUGACGCUCCCUCGUACCCAACCUCGACGCUCUCGCCACCGUCAGACGACACGGAGGGUUUCCGCGUGACCAUCCAACCAAACCUCAGCCCUGAGCUCCUUACUCCGUCACCCUACUCUGCCAAAGCCGCCCCCUGCACCUACCUCAAAAGCUUCUCCCAGGAGUCCGGCACCUCCGACAACACGCAGGAGUCCAGGAACACUGACAUUACUGUGGACUACAUCUCCUCUCACUGUGUGCUCAGUGACGCUGAGGAAGAAAUUGAUGAGGAAGAUGAUAAAGAUUGCAUAAAUAGGUUUGGGUUUUUCCCCUCGUUACAAAGCCCGUUCCUGGGACCUCUGGUGAACUGUGGGGGUAAGCUCACUUUGGACACAGUGAAAAUCGACUGCAGCGAUUUCUUAGACUUAUGACGCUCCAGACAGG